GAGGUAAGGCAUUCUAUAUACUACAGAUAACUCUGAAGCCUUUCGAGUGUACCAUGCUGUUUUCCUGGCGUGGAGGCCCAAGAGCCCAGCGCCUGCUGUUCUCGCUUCUGCUCCUCGCAGCCUGGGAGGCGGGGAGCGGCCAGCUCCACUACUCGGUCACCGAGGAGGCCAAACACGGCACCUUCGUGGGCCGCAUCGCGCAGGACCUGGGGCUGGAGCUGGCGGAGCUGGUGCCGCGCCUGUUCCGGGUGGCGUCCAAAGGCAGAGAGGACCUUCUGGAGAUAAAUCUGCAGAAUGGCGUUUUGUUUGUGAAUUCUCGGAUCGACCGGGAGGAGCUGUGCGGGCGGAGCGCGGAGUGCAGCAUCCACCUGGAGGUGAUCGUGGACAGGCCGCUGCAGGUUUUCCAUGUGGAGGUGGAGGUUAAAGAUAUUAAUGACAACCCGCCCGUCUUCCCUGAAAGUAAGAAAAGAAUAAAUGUUGCGGAAUCUAGACCUCCGGAAACUCGAUUUCCACUAGAUGGCGCAUCGGAUGCAGAUGUUGGAGUAAACUCAGCAUUGACCUACCGACUCGACCCCAACGAUUAUUUCGCAUUAGAUGCACAAAACAAUCGUGAGCAAACAUCUUCUUUGUCACUUGUGCUGAGGAAAAUAUUGGACAGAGAGGAAAUUCAGGAACAUAGUUUAUUACUGACAGCCAGUGAUGGAGGUAAACCAGAGCUCACCGGCACAGUUCAGCUGCUGAUCACAAUUCUGGAUGUGAAUGACAACGCCCCAGAAUUCGACCAAUCCAUUUAUAAAGUGAGAGUGUUAGAGAACGCAUUUAAUGGAACAUUAGUGAUCAAGCUAAAUGCCACAGAUCCUGAUGAUGGUAUAAAUGGAGAUAUAGCAUAUUCAUUUAGAAGGCCUGUAUCGCCUGCAGUGGUAAAUGCAUUUAUCAUAAAUCCCAACAGUGGAGAAAUUAGGACAAAAGGUAAACUAGAUUUCGAAGAAAAGAAAUUAUAUGAAAUAUCCGUGGAGGCAAUUGACAAAGGGAAUGUUCCAAUGGCGGGUCAUUGUACCCUUUUGGUGGAAGUAUUAGAUGUAAAUGAUAACUCCCCAGAAGUUAUCAUCACUUCUCUGUCACUCCCCAUUAGAGAAGACACCCAGCCUAGGGCUGUCAUCGCCCUGAUCAGCGUGUCGGACCGUGACUCUGGCGCCAAUGGACAGGUCACCUGCUCAUUAACACCCCACGUUCCCUUCAAGCUGGUGUCCACCUUCAAGAAUUACUAUUCUUUGGUGCUGGACAGCGCCUUGGACCGUGAGAGCACAGCACACUACCAGUUGGUGGUGACAGCGAGGGAUGGGGGCUCGCCUUCGCUGUGGGCCACCGCCAGCGUGUCCGUGGAGGUGGCCGACGUGAACGACAACGCGCCGGCGUUCGCGCAGCCCGAGUACACGGUGUUCGUGAAGGAGAACAACCCGCCCGGCUGCCACAUCUUCACGGUGUCGGCGCGGGACGCGGACGCGCAGGAGAACGCGCUGGUGUCCUACUCGCUGGUGGAGCGGCGGGUGGGCGAGCGUGCGCUGUCGAGCUACGUGUCGGUGCACGCGGAGAGCGGCAAGGUGUACGCGCUGCAGCCGCUGGACCACGAGGAGCUGGAGCUGCUGCAGUUCCAGGUGAGCGCGCGCGACGCUGGCGUGCCGCCCCUGGGCAGCAACGUGACGCUGCAGGUGUUCGUGCUGGACGAGAACGACAAUGUGCCCGCGCUGCUGGCGUCUCGGGCUGGAGGCUCUGGCGGGGCGGUGAGCGAGCUGGUGCCGCGGUCGGUGGGCGCGGGCCACGUGGUGACGAAGGUGCGCGCGGUGGACGCCGACUCGGGCUACAACGCGUGGCUGUCGUACGAGCUGCAGCCGGCGGCGGGCGGUGCGCGCAGCCCGUUCCGCGUGGGGCUGUACACGGGCGAGAUCAGCACGACGCGCGCCCUGGACGAGGCGGACGCUCCGCUUCAGCGCCUGCUGGUGCUGGUGAAGGACCACGGCGAGCCGGCGCUGACGGCCACGGCCACCGUGCUGGUGUCGCUGGUGGAGAGCGGCCAGGCGCCGAAAGCCUCCUCUCGGGCGUUGGAGGGCGCCCCGGGCCCGGAGGCUACUCUGGUAGAUGUCAACGUGUAUCUGAUCGUCGCCAUCUGCGCCGUGUCCAGCCUGUUGGUGCUGACGCUGCUGCUAUACACGGCGCUGCGGUGCUCUGCGCGACCCACCGAGGUCGCGUGCGGACCUGGGAAGGCCACUUUGGUGUGUACCAGCGCGGUGGGGAGCUGGUCGUACUCGCAGCAGAGGCGGCAGAGGGUGUGCUCUGGGGAGGGGCCGCCCAAGACCGACCUCAUGGCCUUCAGCCCGGGCCUACCUCCUUGCCCGGGUUCUGCAGAGGGAACAGGCCAGAGUGAAGCCGAUUCAGAACAUUUGAAAGAGGCUCAGACCACUGUGACCUGUGGGCAGACCACUUAUGCAACUUCUUAUGGACAGCUUCCCACUGGUUAUACUACUCCAACUGCCCCCCAGAUGUACAGCCAGCCUGUCCAGGGGUGUGGCCCUGGUGCUUAUUAUACCACCACUGUUAUAGUCACCACCACCCGAGCCUCCUAUGCAGCUCAGUCUGCAUAUAGCACUCAGCCUGCUUACCCAGCCUAUGGGCAGCAGCCAAUAGCCACCACACCUGCAAUGCUGCAGGAUGGUAACAAGCCCGCUGAGACUAGUCAACCUCAGACUAGCACAGUGGGUUACAACCAGUCCAGCCUAGGAUACAGACAGAGCCCACCUGUAGAUCUGGAUGAAGAUUCUGACAACAGUGCAAUUUAUGUGCAAGGAUUAAAUGACAGUGUGACUCUAGAUGAUCUGGAAGACUUCUUUAAGCAAUGUGAGGUUGUUAAGAUGAACAAGAGAACUGGGCAACCCAUGAUCCACAUCUACCUGGACAAGGAAACGGGAAAGCCCGAAGGCCCACCUGUAGAUCUGGAUGAAGAUUCUGACAACAGUGCAAUUUAUGUGCAAGGAUUAAAUGACAGUGUGACUCUAGAUGAUCUGGAAGACUUCUUUAAGCAAUGUGAGGUUGUUAAGAUGAACAAGAGAACUGGGCAACCCAUGAUCCACAUCUACCUGGACAAGGAAACGGGAAAGCCCGAAGGGAAGGUCACUGGUUCUCAGCGAAACGCUGGAGUUACCAAUCCCACUUUUAGUCUUGAGAAGGCGGCGCUGCGCUCCUCCGCACCGGGCCUGCUCCGCUUUCCCAGACGGCUGCCAAGGCUCCAGUCUAGCAAACCUAGCUCUCGGCCGCCAGUCCGGGGUAAUUCCGGGUAUUCCGGAGGCGGAACGUCAGCAGUCGCUGAACCUCCAGCUCGCAGCGGAGGCGGCCCGCCGGAGCUUGCUCUUCACCGCGGCUUGUGCCCUCGGGAGUCCGGAGUAUGGUCCCAGGUCGCUGGUGGUGGAGCGCGGACGCCGAGAGAGACUAUGGUGGGCUGGGGGGUGGCAGUUCUGUGCCUGUGGGUGUCCUGCGGCGCUGCCGCCGAACAGCUGGAGUACUUAGUGUUGGAGGAGACGGAGCGGGGCGUAGCCGUAGGCAAUGUUGCCGCGGACUUGAAGCUGCCCGCGGCCGCUCUGUCCUUGAGGAACUUUCGCUUCCUUUCCAGCCACGGCGAGCUCUACUUCGGGGUGGACCUGGCCAGCGGUAGUUUGGUGGUCCGAGAAGCGGCGGACCGCGAGCAACUGUGCGGAACCAAAGCUGCCUGCGUCUUGACCUAUGAGCUAGUCCUCGAGGACCCGCUGGAACUGCAUAAGAUACACGGUCACGUCCUGGACGCCAAUGACAACUCACCUCUCUUCCCUGCCGGUGACGUGCAGCUGCACAUCCCGGAGUUUCUGGCGCCUGGAGCCCGAUUUACUCUCCCUAAUGCUCAAGAUACCGACGAGGGAAGCCACGGAGUACUAAGCUACAGCCUGAGCCCCAGCCAGCACUUUCGCUUGGACAUGGGGUCACGGGUAGACGGCAGUGAAUACCCAGAGUUGGUGCUGGAGAAAGCGCUGGAUCGCGAGCAGCGCGCCACCCACCUGCUGGUGCUCACGGCUCGGGACGGUGGGCUGCCCGCGCGUUCCGGAGACGCACAAGUCACCAUCAUCGUGGUGGACACAAACAACACGCCUGUAUUCGAGCGCUCCGUAUACCGCACGAAGGUACCGGAGACUGCACCCAAUGGGACUGUGUUAUUCCGUGUUCAGGCCUCAGAUCCGGAUGAAGGCUCCAAUGGGGAAGUCCGAUACUUCUUAAGCAACAGCACGCAAGCAGAGCUGCGACACCGCUUUCGCGUGCACCCUGAAAGCGGGGAGGUGCUGGUAGCUGCUUCACUAGGACCGCCUGAAACGCUGUUGGAGGCGUACAUCGAGGCGAGGGACGAAGGCGCCUUCGGUCUAGCUAGCACCGCUAAGCUGCUGGUGGAGGUGACUGAUGUAAACGAUCAUGCCCCUGAGGUGAACUUCAUGACUCUCUCCAGCCCAGUACCUGAGGACGCCAUCCCUGGCACAGUGAUUGCUCUCCUCAGUGUAAAGGAUGAGGACCUUGGUCCCAAUGGUAGGGUAACUUGUAGCAUGUCCAGCAGAGGCCCUUUUCAGUUGAAGGCUUCCUUUGACAACUACUACAGUCUGCUAACAGAUGGGCCUCUAGACCGGGAGCAGAUCAGCGAAUACCAGGUUCUGAUCACUGCCUCAGAUGGUGGCUCGCCCCCACUUAGCACUCGAAGGACACUCACUGUGUCAGUUGCUGAUGUGAACGACAAUACACCAAGCUUUCUUCAAGCACAACAGGAACUUUUUGUGGCUGAAAACAAUAACCCUGGGACCUCUCUAGGCCGCGUGGUUGCCCAGGACCCGGACCUGGGGAAGAAUGGCCUUGUCUUUUAUGAUCUGUUGGAUAUUACCUCUGACGGGCCGCCAGCCUCUAGCUUGGUGGCAGUGGAAUCAUCCAGUGGGGCUAUCACUGCCAAAACUUCCUUUGACUUUGAGCGGUUCAGGGGAUUUCGCUUCCAGGUGGAAGGCCAGGAUGGAGGCAUUCCUCCCAGAAGUGCAACAGUGACAGUAAACUUGUUUGUGGUAGAUAGGAACGACAAUGCUCCAGUCAUCUUGUUUCCCUUGCCUAGAAAUGGCUCUGUUCCAGUAGAAAUUGUGCCCCGCUCUGCCAGAACUGGACAUUUGGUCACAAAAGUGGUAGCAGAGGAUGCAGACAGUGGUUCCAAUGCCUGGCUGUCCUAUCACAUCUCGCAGGCUUCUGACUUUAGCCUUUUCAGAAUUUCAGCUAGUGUGGGAGAGCUCCGUACUGCUCGCUUAGUUCUUCCCACUGAUGCAGUUAAGCAGAAGGUGGUGGUAAUGGUUCAGGACCAUGGAGAUCCACCACUCUCCUCUGUCACUCUGGGAGUGCUAUUAAGCAACUCUGCCCCUCAGGUCCUUCCGGACUUUGAAGAUAUCUGGGAGCCAGGAGGGCAGCUUUCUGCCCAUAACUUGUAUUUAGUAAUUGCCCUGGCCUGUAUUUCCUUUUUAUUUUGGGGGUGCUUACUUUUCUUCGUGUGGAUCCAGUUGAGCCAGAGCCCAGAUUGUCACUGUCAGAGCUGCUGUCGCUCUCCAGAGGAUCUGAGGUGUGAAAGGAAGAUAGUUUCAAAUCCUUGCAUGACAUCAGCCACAAUAGAUGUCACUACAAUUGAGAGACUUUCUCAGACUUAUCUCUAUCGGACCUCUCUGAGACUUAGUUCUGAUAAUAACAGUUUGCUUUUGUGUGGGGAGUACAAUGCUGCUGACCUGAGAAAUCUGGUCACUGGGGUAGGACUGAAUUUGCCAAUAUCCUGUAUUCAGAUUCGGAAUAGGAAAGGGGAUCACACAUGUCAAUGCCAUGCCUAUACUUUUCAGAAUACCAUUUUGGCAAAGCAGUCUUCUCUGAGAAUGACACUCCAAAUCAUAGCUGAUAACUCCACAGCAGUGGUUUUUAAGUACAUAGAAAUUAUAGGCAUGUCUCAGAACACCUAUUUGUACUGA